CAGAGGGUAGUUGUUAAUUUAAUAGUUUUUUGUAUUGUUUAGAUUAGCGUUCCAAAAUUCUUGGCAAGAUACUAUUCUUGUACUUAUUUCUCUUUUUACUAUUGCUAAAUAGUUCUCUUUUAUUGUGUUAUUUGGCAUUAGUUAUUAUUCAAAAUACCUGUGGCGUUCUUCGAAAUAGAAAUAUUGUGGGCAGGUUGGUUAAAUGUGUUUAAAUAUUUAAUUUUAAAUUACGUUUUUUUAAAAAUUCCUAUUAAAAAACAGGGAAAUUAGUGAUCUCCAAUGUCACCGUCUGGACAAUAGUGAAGUGAAAUAUCAAAACCACAUUGUUAUUACUUUGGAUAAACUAAAACGUGCCACCCUCCAUCGAUUUAUUUGUAAAAUGGAAUUUAAUUACCGCAAAAUAGGAAAUUAAAACGUAUAGACCGGACAACAUAUGGAUUGAUUGACAUUGAUUAAACUUAACGAUAUACAUUCCAGUAAAAACCAUCAUAUAAAAGCAAUUUCAAAUAAUGGAAAACGCAUCACCAUAAUUCAAGCUGGAUCAGAAGAGGAAUUAUUCCAAACUACUUGCUGUUUGCGAAGAAUAUUAAGGACUCUUGCUUGUACUGCCAUGAAGAUACAAGUGCAGAACUUUGUCAAAACGAUUUGAUUUUUUUUUUGUUGAAUGAAUAACGCAAGAUACGCCUCCUGCUGCAUAAAGCACCAAACUCAUGUCAACUGAAAUUCAAAAAUAUUUGCUACAAAAUGAUAUUUAUUUUGAAUCUAGUAUAACAAAUUCACCAAAAAUUAAUAAUAUACGUCUCGAGAGCCGGACAAAUGCACAACAAAAUUGAAGAUUUUUUCAUUUACAUAGAAAAUAACGCAGAGUCCAUUGGAAUUAAAUUUUGCGUUAUUGCAAUAGAACUUAUUUAUUCAGUGCGCUCCACCCUUCUUUCUUUAACGUUAUGGCGCGAGAAUGUGCGUUGUCGUCAACGAUUACCUAGCAUUAUCAUUCCCGCAACGAUAAACAAAAGAUAUGUUACGCCAAACAAAUAAAUCGGGUAAAUAGCAGCGUAUAUACGUCUAGAUCUAUCCGGCAUUAUGCGCGGUAUCAUGGACCGCGUAAUUUUCAGAGACACCCCGCACGCGCGCGUAUCUCUUAUUUAUUCUGCGGGAGAAAGUGUGUGUGUAAUUUAAAUACGACAAUAAAUCGGGCGUACGUGUAUUACGGAUUGAACGGUGACGAACUUCUCGCAGUGCGUACGAUGUGCCGGCUGUGUCUCACGUUUUUCACCACGGCCCUCGUUUUGCAAUCGUCGCGACACUCCCAGCAGCAAUGCCAAACCGAAAACACCAACGCCACUAGGUGGGCCACCCGCAGCAACUUGCGCAGUCAGCACGAGGUCGUCCUAUCUACUCCGCCCUGCCUCGACGACAGUGACAAACUGCUCACCAGGAUUUGCCUGAACCACAGUUGGUAUCCGCCAGACAACUGGACCUGUUCCCGCUACCUUGACCGCGACUCGCAGUGCCCUUCUUGGAUGCUGCCCUGCUCGGACGACUGCUGCUUCGUUACCCCACCGAAACCGUGGAGUGAAUGCUCGUUACCGGUCAGUGGAAGUUCGACUACCUUGAACGCUACGACCACCUGGUUGCCAUACAAGAGGUCCCUCAGCUUCGGAUCUUUCGAGUCUACGACGUUUGGUUCCGGGUACGGCCGCCCCAUCAACCAUGUGAAUAUCAUUAAUCCCGAAGAUGGACUUCGAAAAAACUGUCUGGUGUUGGACACGGUCUCGAACCACAUCUAUCCGGAAACGUGCAGCUCUCGCCACCAAAUCAGUUGCCUCUACCAAAGCGAUAGGCUCAAGGACGCCCUGUGUCCAAACAAGUGUGUAUUUUCGUUGCACUCGCGCACCUGUUUCUGCAAAAGAGGGCGCACAUUCUGCGACAACUACGCGAUUAUUACGAUGCCCUCCGAAAUGGUACUCAUUCAGUCGAUGGUGGACCGUAAACCGUGUUAUUUGGGUGGCGUCAUCGGCGAGUACCGCGAGGUCAUCAACAACCGCGCGUGGUUCUAUUCGAGCGAUGACUUCGAUUGCGCACUGUGUGCUGAAUCGCCUCGCACGCACUGCCCAGACGUCAGUAUGAUUUUGAAAUUCAACGACAAAUGGCGCAAGCUGUACUUGCUGCUGUAUUCGCCGCAGUGUGUAGUGGGUGGUGGCAGACCCGACAUGGUAUACUGUUUCACCGACGCCGGCGAUGAGCUUAAAAAGCGGGUGGACGUGAGCGUAAUGGAGGUGGUACCUUCGUUUGACGAAGGCGGAAUUCUCGUUUACGACGUGGACUUGGAGGACUACGUAGGAAAUUACUGGUGCACGGUCCACACGUUGGCGUUGGACGAAUUCCGGAUGGUUCGCUCGAACACGGUGCUCGCUUACAAGAAAGACAAGGGCAACGAGUUCUCCGUGAGACUCGCGAUCGAAAGCGUUUGCGACCAUUACGAUUGCACCCUGGGAGAUGACAUGGCGGUUCCCUAUGACAAUUUUGUCGCGGGCUUCAUCGACGAUCCGAUUUAUAAAGUGAGGGUGAUGGAAAUAUUCAGUUACGACGACGACGUCGAGCUUUUGAUCCACGUGAGCACCCCGCCCGGCUCAUCCGUGACAGCGGACUACGCCACUUUGUCGCAUAUCCUCCACGGAGUGCCCGCGUUCAUAAAAAUCGUAUACUUGAGGAGCAGCGAAUGGUGCCUCCCGGAGCGCAACAAAGACUUAUCUUGGCCGCGGACGCGGUGGGACGAAUGCACAAUUCCCACAGAGUACUGCGUACAAGGCGACGGCUGGCCGGUGUAUCGGUCCUGUUACGGCGAUUUCUUUUACGGGGCUUUUUGGUCGGCGGUGUUCGGAGAGUGCGCGUCCACGGCCACCACUCCGACCACGGACGUGUUGCUCGCCGCCCUCAACGAAACCAUCUGCGAGGGAGUACUGAGAAACGUCAGCGCCGUGACGCGUCACGGAAAUUUAUCCCUUGUGGAUUUGUAUUACGUUUCGCAAAUAUUAGAUAACGUGUCGUCCACGUCCUUGAAAACCAACACCAUCCUGGAUGGCACGCUGGACGUCGUCGACGGCUUGCUGAACGUGGAGGCCGCUACGUUGGCGAACGCCCAAAUGUCGUUCAACUUGACCGACGAGUUUCUGCACGCGGCCGAAAACAUCUCCAUCUUUUUGGACGAUAUCGUGGGCGUAAACGUGGCGACCUUCGUCAAGAACAACGUCCUCGUGCACUCGUUCAAGCCGUUCUCCAGCCAAGUUUGCGGGUUCGCCCUGUACCGAAAUAAUUCGUUCGCUUACAUCCCCUUCGGUCAGACCUUCGACGCUCUGACUGAUAUCGACAACGUGAAGCUCGCUUCCUACAUCCCAGUGCAAAUCCUCGAGGACCUUCAGAAGCACAACCUCACGAACGCGUCCGUUACCACUACCAUCUACUUGAACGAUAAGUUCUUCGUGAGCGAUUCCAACGAGACCGCUGGUACCAUAGCCAAUAUAAACAUACAAAAUUACGAGACGUAUUUGCCGAGUCCCAUUCAGCUUCUGAUCGGUGUCAAUGCGAAUUCAAGCGGUAACCUCUCGUGUGCGUUUUGGGAUUAUGGUAAUAGCUUCCAGAAAAAGAAAGGCCGGUGGUCGGGCACCGGAAGCAACCACCUUGGUAGCUGGAGAAACCACAGUCAGCUACAGGUGUGCUCGUUCACGCACCUGACCCAUUUGGGUAUGCUCGUUCUGGAGAGGUCGACGGAGGUGCUUACUAUUACCGACACCAAGAUCCUGAACAUCCUCAGCGGCGUGGGUUGCUUUCUUAGUACUCUGGGUAUCUUCGGUAUCUUCAUUACCGCUAUCCGGUUCGACAGCUGGCGCGAAAAAAUCGGUUCCCAAAUCCUGAUCCAUUUAUCUCUGGCCACCCUGUUGGAGAUCUUUUUUUUAUACUUUAGCGGCAUCAAGUUGCUGAGUUGUCGGAUCGCCGGUAUGACGACCCAAUACGUGAUGCUCAGCAAAUUUGCGUGGAUGCUGAUCUACGCGUUCUGUCAGUAUUUGAGAUUCGUUAGGGUGUUAGGUCCCAUGCCCAGCUACUUGGUAGCGAAAUCGAUCGGUUUCGGUUGGGGUUUUGGUCUCGUUCCGGUGCUCUGUGUCGGUCUGAUCAACAUCGACGUAUACGAGGACGAGAACUUCUGCUUCCCGACUGGGUUGCCGCUGUAUUUGGGCAUAUUUCUGCCCAUUCUUAUAAUUGCCGUGAUCAACACCUGCAUAUUCGGUAAAAUAAUGUGUGAAAUUACAAACAACAAGUUCGAGUCUUCUUCGUCACAGUCCCGAUCUAACAAACUCAACUUCAGGCUCGCAGUUUUGUUGUUUUUCGUGCUGGGGUUGCCGUGGCUCUUCGGAUUGAUCUCCAAUUUGGUCGGGAUAUACUGGUUGAAGAUGGUGCUCGUCUAUAUCUUUAGUACGGCUGUCUCCCUGCAAGGUUUCGUGAUGUUCGUAUUUUAUAUUAUUUUGAACAGAGAGACUUGGGAAUUGUGGAAACGGGGUCGGGGAGCCGCCUUUAAAAACUUCUCCGAGAAGGUUAAUACAACUUCGACAGGGUAAAUCAUAGGUUCCAAAUGUAAAUGUGUGUUAUUGUAUUAUUUAUUUAUUAGGUGAGUAAAAAUGCAAGAAAAAGAGGAGACAGUUCGUUAUGAACUUAUGAAAAAAAUUAAUUACGUAAAUAAUAUGAAAAACGUUGUAGUGUGUAUUAUAAAUUAAAAUUUUUAUAUCUCCUUUCAUUGAAAAAUAUUUUCAGUUAUAUGUCACUUCCCGUUUUAUAGAAAGUUAUAUCAUCUUUGGGAUAUUCAAUUUCUUAUCUCAUGAAAUGCGUGUUCUUUUAUGUUUGUUUCUAUCUACACGACGGUACAAUACUUUAAUAUAUAUUUAAAAAAAAAACGUUUUAAUAAAUGUUGCAUAAAAUAAAAAGAUAUACAUUAGAACUUUUUUUUA